AGUCACAGCGCCGCCAUAUCUGUCACCGGCUGAAGGAGAGAGUCUGGAGUCAUGAGAGGAAUCCGCUCUCUCAACAGUCUUCCCAAACGUUGCUAUGCAGCUGCAAGGAGGAGUGAAGCUCUGACUGAACCCCUUGCAGACCUGAAAUCCUCAACAGCUGCAACACACCAUCCUCAAAGUGUCCAGGUCUCCAAACUCCCAAAUGGAUUGGUGAUAGCAUCACUUGAGAACUACUCCCCCUUAUGCAGCGUGGGUCUGUUUGUGAAAGCUGGUAGUCGUUAUGAGACUGCGCAAAACCAGGGUGUUUCUCAUGUGCUACGACUGGCAGCCAACCUGACUACCAAGAAUGUAUCCGCCUUUAAGAUCUGUCGUGGUGUGGAAGCACUUGGGGGCAGCCUGAGUGUGACAUCGUCACGAGAGACCAUGGUCUACACUGCAGACUGUCCCAGAGAUCACCUAGAUACUUUAUUGGAGUUUUUGGUCAAUGUGACCACAGCUCAGGAGUUUCGUCCGUGGGAAGUAGACAACCUGACGUCCAGGGUGAAGAUUGACAAUGCCCUGGCUCAGCAGUGUCCUCAAAUAAGUGUAAUAGAGAAGUUACAUGAAGCAGCAUACAAAAACACUCUUUUCAACUCUCUGUACUGCCCUGACUAUAUGGUUGGCCAUGUCUCCUCUAAACAGCUGCAGUCAUUUGUUGAAGAAAACUUCACCACUGGCAGAAUGGCCCUUGUAGGAUUAGGUGUGAAGCACUCUGUCCUGAGGCAGGUGGGUGAGGGGCUCUUGAGUGUCCGCAGCGGGGCAGGAGCACCUGUGGCCAAAUCUGUGUACCGUGGAGGUGAGCUGAGAAUGCAGAACAAUGAUGCUCUGGUCCACGCACUGAUUGCCAGCGAGGGUGGUGUGACAGGUAGUGCGGAGGCUAAUGCCUUCACUGUGCUGCAAAGGAUCCUGGGAGCUGGUCCACAUGUAAAACGAGGCUCCAACAUCACUAGCCAACUGAGUCAGGGUAUUGCCAAAGCUACCACACAGCCCUUUGAUGCCACAGCCUUCAAUGUCUCUUACUCUGACUCUGGCCUGUUUGGUCUAUAUACAGUUGCACAAGCUGAUUCUACAGGAGAGGUGAUCAAGGCUGCUAUUGCCCAAGUUUGUGGUGUAGCUGAGGGAAAUGUGUCAAAGGCUGACAUCACCAGAGCAAAAAACCAGGUGAAAGCAGAGUAUAUGAUGUCAAUAGAGAGCUCUGAGACCCUGAUGGAAGAGAUCGGUGCUCAGACUCUGACCACUGCAGCUUACCAGCCACCUGAUGGUGUUCUCCAGACUAUAGAUGCCAUCACCCACGACGAUGUGGUCAAAGCUGCGAAGAAAUUUAUGGAUGGCAAGAAGACAAUGGCAGCAAGUGGACACCUUAUUAAUACACCAUUUGUGGAUGAAGUAUGAAAAUAAAAUUCAAAAACUGUUGAUUUUAUAUUUGGGCAUGCUGUGCCCAGCUGCCUGAAAAGGAAAGAGAAACCACAGUCUCCUGCAACAAGUUAUUUGAUGUCACCAAUCAUGGGUUUUCUGUUCUGAAGAAUGAAUGAACUCAAACAAGGAGCUAGAGAAUCUAAAUGCAAUUUUCUUUUGUUUUGUCGGUUUAACUGUAUAUCUGUGUAAAUUAAAGUUGACAGUAUUAA